UAGGAGGCGGGAUGGCCGCAAUUUCGCGCCAAGCUCGGCGGGCUGAAUCCCGGUUUGGUGAGCUAGCUGGGAGGUGUUUACAGCUGCUGUCAUGGUUCGUACGCUAAACUGCAUCGCCGCUGUGUCCCAGAACAUGGGCAUCGGCAAGAACGGGGACCUGCCGUGGCCCCCGCUCAGGAAUGAAUUCAAGUUUUUCCAAAGAAUGACCACAACCUCCUCAGUAGAAGGUAAACAGAAUUUGGUGAUUAUGGGGAGGAAGACAUGGUUCUCUAUUCCCGAGAAGAAUCGACCUUUAAAGGACAGAAUUAAUUUAGUUCUCAGCAGAGACCUCAAGGAACCUCCACAAGGAGCUCAUUUUCUUGCCAAAAGUCUGGAUGAUGCCUUAAAACUUACUGAGCAACCAGAAUUAGCAAAUAAAGUGGACAUGGUUUGGGUAGUAGGAGGCAGUUCUGUUUAUAAGGAAGCCAUGAACAAACCAGGCCAUCUUAGACUAUUUGUGACAAGGAUUAUGCAGGAAUUUGAAAGUGACACAUUUUUUCCAGAAAUUGAUUUGGAGAAAUAUAAACUUCUGCCAGAAUACCCAGGUGUUCUAUCUGAUGUCCAGGAGGAGAAAGGCAUUAAGUACAAAUUUGAAGUAUAUGAGAAGAACGAUUAAUGUGAAGAUGUUUUCUGAUUUAUUUCAAGUUAGUUGCUCCCCCUGCCCUCCAAACAAUUAUAUAUUUUAAUAUUAGGGAAAAAAGACUUUUGUUGACUUUAGGUCAAUGGAUAAUUAUUUCUAAGCAAUGAGAUUUUAUUAAUCUUAAUUAGGCUAAGUUAAGAUUAAUCUUAACUAGACCAUAUCAGAUACCAUUUGUGAAACAUUUCUUGCUAUAACUGUGUGUUGCCUGUCAAGGACCAGCACCUGCCUAGGGUAGCAUAUCUACCAAGAGCCUAAGUGAGACAAUCCCCUGAUAGCAUAAGUUGAAACCAGGACUUACAGAGAUAGGACUAGACAGAUUUGUCCAAAGGUCAGAAAUCGAUUAUAAACAGAAGAGCUAGAACUCAGAUAUUAAAAGAAAAUUAGAUCAAAAGAGGAACUUUGAGUUCUCUAUGCAUAUCACACUUCUGAAAAAAAGUUCUGUUCGCUCUGGUAAGUUGAGAACUCUGAUAUAUUCCAUAGGGAUAGUAAAGAGGCAGGUAGAACACUACCUUUUUGAAGGUUAAAAGAAAAGGUCUGAGACCUAACAACUCUGUUUCCGAUCUCCAGUGAGAUUCCAUGGGAUGUUAAAAUGAUAGAAGAACAAUAGGCUGUUCUAUACAAAAACAAGUAAUCUAAUAACAAGCAUAUGGCUAAAAUUAGAAAUUAAAAAGGUAAUGAACUGAAAAUGGAUAAAGCUAGAAACCAAAAUUACAAAGCUGGAAACUAAAUUAAACUUCACUGAAUUAAAAAAUGAAACUUAGAACACAUUUACCCGUCGUGUUAGCAAAGAUGUGGAUUGUUAAGUAUCCAAAGAAAUAGCGUUUUUUGCUUAUAAAUUAAUGCAGCCUUUUUAGAGUUUAAGUUAGGAAUAUCAAUUAAAAUUCAGAAUAUUCUGGGUUUGGACCCAGAGCUUCCACUUCCAGAAAUUAAUCCUGAAUAAAGAGAUGGACCCAAGAAUAUUUGUUGCACUACUUUUUUAACGUGAAAAUAGCCCAAAUGACAAUCAAUAAAGAAAUAACUAACCAAUAUGUCUACAAAAUUUAAUAUUGUCUGUAGCAGUUAAAAAGAAUGGGGUACUGACAGGAAAAUACCAAAGACUACUAAAUAAAAGAAGCACAAUGUGUACAAUACC